GACUCGUAAAUGCUGCAGGUAUUUUGUUUUCUCUUCUUUGAACUGUUUUAAUGCUAAAAUUACCCAAAAAAAUACACUACGUAGACUCCAACUGUAUUCAUAAUUACAGUCAGCUGUACACGCUGUCCUGUAGUUUGGGUUCAUCUUUGUCAAGUCGGCCAGGAAAAUGAGCAGCGGAGUAGGAAUUGAAGACACCUCAUCCUUCAAUCGGUCUUCAGGUACAAACCUGACUGAAGCUGACAGUGUGGCUCACUGUCGAGACUCCUCAAUCUACCCCGUCUUAAUGGUGGCCUACGGUCUGAUAUUUAUGAUUGGUUUCUUCCUCAACGGCUUCAUCCUGAGGUUCUACUUCUGCCAAGCGCAGCAGCAGGCGUCCAGCACCAUUAUGAUCUACCUGAGGAACUUGGCGGCUGCUGAUUUCCUGCUCUGCCUCUCUCUACCUCUGCGUAUAGCCAACUAUAUCAGCAAAUCCAACACUCUCCACCUGGUCCACUGCAACUUUGGCGCUACUGCCCUUUAUGUGAAUAUGUACGCCAGCAUCCUUUUCAUGGGCUACAUCGCCGCUAACAGAUAUCUGAAGAUUGCUCGUCCUUUGCAAACCCACAUCCUACAAAAAGCACGGGCUGCUCACGUCAUCUCCGCUGUAACCUGGGGUUGCCUCCUGACUCUGAUGAGCGCCUACAUCAUCCUUUCGGUCUACACCCAGAAACCUUUGACCUCUAUCCCCAGCACACCGAUCUGCAAAUUCCUGCGCAGUGACCAGCUCCAUUUGCUCUACAAAUUCAUUCACAGCUUUUCCGGCAUCGUCUUCCUGGUUGUCCUCAUCUCCCUGCUCUUCUUCUACUACAGCACCUCCCGCAGGGUGUUGCUGGCGCAGAAGAAGCAUCCAGAGUCCCUUGGCUCCAAAACGCUUAAAAAGUCACAUAGGAACAUGUUGGUGUUGGUCUGUGUCUUCUGUUUAUGCUUUGUCCCCUUCCACCUGGUUCACCCUCUCCGCAUGUUCCUGAGGAAGAAUUGUAGAGGGGAAAACAUUUUGCACAACCUGUCAGAGCUGACCAUUCUAAUGUCAGUUCUUAACGUCUGCCUCGACCCACUCAUCUACUUCAUCUUCUGCAAGGCAUUCAGGGCUCAGUUUAACCUGAGACGAGCUCGUACAUCCAAUAAUAGCAGCAAUAAUAGCUUCCAACAAAUGAAUUUAAAUGAAUAAUAACUCAUUAUGUAAUACGUGCAUAUGAUGUAAAAACCACAAAUAAUAUAAGAUUAGAAUGCAAUAAGAGCAAAACUUCAAAAUACUAUAGCAAAAAAAUCUAAUGUGAGACAUAACUGCCAAUUAAAUAAAAAUCAGACGUGACAAAAACACUGAAAAAUGUUG